GCAGGGACCCCUUCCUAGAGCGUCGUUACUCUGCAAAAAUACCAUCUCAAACAUCAUUAAAAGCUCAGAAUUUUUUCUAAACUUAUUGAAGUUUCACACUGAAACUCAACAAAGUUUGAGCUAUACCCCUAGCACGCACAAACGGGCAAGACCACAAAAGGAUUGGGAAGAAAAGAAAGCGACUUGAAGAAGGAGUGAAGGAAAUUACUACACGGUCAGAGACGAACACUUACUUGAGCUUCCGCCACCGUCAACCAAUUACACCGCCGUCGACUUUUCUCUAUCACAGAAAUAAAGGCCAUUGAGAGUUUGCUCAGCAAAAAGAUAUUCCUUAAUAUAGAGUAUGGAGUCAAUGGAUACGAGUGAGUAUGCACAAGGUCAAGAUGAAACUCAUAAGGAAAUAUUGUCAACACUUUGGAUUAUUUUCACUAAAAUUGGCAAAGGAAAAGAUGGAGUUGAAAGAGCUGCAUGCAAUUUUUGUAGUACUGAUUUUGCCAUUGGAAAAAACCCCAAGUCUGGUCAAAGUUAUGGAACUUCACAUCUAAGUCGUCAUGUUUUUAUUUGUAAAAGUUUCCAGUUGAGCCUUCUUAGUCUAGAGGAAUCGUCAAGCCUAACCCCAAUCAACCAAAACACACAUCGUGAAUUACUUGGAGAAGCCAUUAUUGCACAUGAUCUUCCUUUUAGCUUUGUCGAGUAUGAAAAAAUUCGAGUUUGGGUGAAAUAUUUGAAUCCAUGUGUUGAAAUGGCCUCUAGGAAUACCAUGGUGUCAUAUAUUGAAAAAAUAUAUGAUAAAGAAAGGAUCAAGCUUAAGGAAAUCAUGGGUAGGAUUCCAAAUAAAAUUUGUCUAACAUCGGAUGUUUGGACAGCAUCUACUAGUGAGGGUUAUAUCUGUUUGACUGCUCAUUUUGUUGAUGAAAAUUGGAAGUUAGUUAGCUGUCUUCUUAACUUUCUUCGAAUGAAGCCCCCCCACACGGGUAUUGCACUGGAAGCUACUUUAUUUGAUUGCUUAAAGCAAUGGGGAAUAGAUAAGAAAAUAUUUACUAUUACGCUGGAUAACGCAUCUGCCAAUGAUAACAUGCAAGACCACUUGAAAACUCAUCUUCGAGUGCAAGGCAAUUUGAUGUGUGAUGGUGAAUUUUUUCAUAUCCGAUGUUCGGCCCAUGUACUCAACUUAAUUGUCCAAGAGGGUUUAAAAGUUGCUAGUGAAGCCCUCCAUAAAAUUAGAGAGAGUGUCAAGUAUAUUAAAGGAUCUGAUGGAAGGAUGCUUAAGUUCAGAGAUUGUGUCGAGGAUGCAGGGAUAAAUGUUAGCGGUGGUUUAAGAUUUGAUGUAUCUACUAGAUGGAAUAGCACUUAUUUGAUGCUUGAAAGUGCCUUGCAAUAUAGGAAAGCUUUUGAGUUUUAUAAGGUGGCGGAUAGAAGCUAUAAAUAUUGUCCAUCUGAUGAGGAAUGGGAAAAGGGGGAAAGGAUUUGUGAGUUUUUAGAACCUUUUUAUGAAAUUACCAAUUUGAUUUCUGGUUCAUCUUAUCCAACUGCAAAUCUGUAUUUCAUGCAAGUGUGGAAAGUCCAGUGCAUUUUAGAAAAACAUCAAAAAAGUAUUGAUAAGGUGAUAAAAGAUAUGUCUGAUAAUAUGAAAAAGAAAUUUGACAAAUACUGGAAAAACUAUAGUAUUGUGCUAGCAUUUGGAGCUAUUCUUGAUCCACGCUUGAAGGAUAAAUUUUUGAAGUUUUGCUAUACUACACUUGAUGCCUCAACCUCUGAAGGGAAACUUAAGAAUGUAAUGGAUAAAUUCAAAGGGCUUUAUGAAGAAUAUGUGAGUUAUUCUACCAAUCAAAGUGUUUCUCUUUCUCAACCAUCUAAUGAGUCCAACACAUUGGCUAAGCUAUCUAGAGAGGGGAAUAAAGCUAAAAAAUCAAAGAUUAUAACCGAUUUUAAAACAUGGAACUCGAUUGAGAGUAGGUUUGUUCUUGGAAAGAAUGAAUUAGAUAUAUACUUUGACGAUGAAUUACUGGAGCUAAAUGAAGAACACUCUGAAGAUUUUGAUGUACUUCUUUAUUGGAAGUUUAAUGAGAAAAAGUUUCCGAUACUCUCCAUAAUGGCACGCGAUGUGCUUAGCAUUCCUAUCACGACUGUAGCAUCUGAGUCUUCUUUCAGUAUCGGUGGACGUGUUCUUACGAAAUACAGAAGUUCUACUCUUCCUGAACACAUCCAAAUGUUGAUUUGUACUCGAAGCUGGUUGCAUGGAUUUUCGGAAAAUAUGAAUGAUGAGGAAGAUAUCAACACUAAUGAUGAAGGCAAUACUGAGGUGACAAUGACUCAACAUACAUUUGGAUUGCAAGAUUGAGGUGGAAGACUAACUUUAGUGCCAUAUAUUUUAUUCUGGUUGUUGAAUUUAUCUUUUCAUGUUUUUUUGGUUGAAUUAGUGUCUUUGUUUAUGUGAUAUGUGGUUCAUGUUUGUAUUGAUUUACUUCAAUUUCGAAUGUUGAAUGUCCGGAGUAUCGACAUAUAUCUUUCAAUGAUAUGUUUACAUAGUAUUUUUCGUGAA